GGGCCCACCCCCUCGCUGAGGGCCCGCGGCGGCCCCCAGCUGCGCUCCCUCUGGCCGCGGGGCCGGCCUCCUCCUCCGUGCGGCGCUCGGUCCGGGGGGACCCCGCAGGCGUGCACUCUGUGAGCGCGGGCCCGUGGCGGGGUCGUCGGAGGCUCCCGCCCACCUGAGGUGCCGCCCCCAAAAGAAGCCCGCGCGCCCGUGAGCUCGUCCGCAGCGGCCCGCCCAGCGAGUCGCCCGCUGGAGGACUGGCCCCACGCGGAGCAGCGGGGCCGGGUGGGUGUGGGGUGGGGGGCGCAGGGCUGGGGGGCCCCGGACGCCCCGCGCGGCCAUGGCGGCGCCCGGGGACCCGCGGCGGCCCUACCGGCUGGCGCAGGAGGGCCGGCUGUGCGCCCUGCGGGAGGAGCUGCGGGGAGCCGGGCGCGCGAGCUGCCCGGGGCCCGCCGGGGACACCCUGCUGCACUGCGCCGCCCGCCACGGCCAUCGGGACGUGCUGGCCUACCUGGUGGAGUCCUGGGACAUGGACAUCGAGGCCGCCAACCGGGACUACAAGCGGCCUCUGCACGAGGCUGCCUCCAUGGGCCACCGGGACUGCGUGCGAUACCUGCUGGGCAGAGGAGCCGCGGUGGACUGCCUCAAGAAGGCCGACUGGACCCCACUGAUGAUGGCCUGCACAAGGAGGAAUCUCGAGGUGAUCCAGGACCUUGUGGAACAUGGCGCUAAUCCACUUCUCAAGAACAAAGACGGCUGGAACAGUGUCCACGUUGCCAGCCGAGAGGGGGACCCUGUGAUCCUCCAGUACUUGCUCACUGUUUGCCCAGACGCCUGGAAGACGGAGAGCAAGAUCGGGAGAACCCCCCUGCACACGGCAGCAAUGCAUGGCUGUUUAGAGGCAGUAAAGGUGCUUCUACAGAGGGGCCAGUACCAACCAGACUGCAGGGACAGGUGUGGCUCCACACCCUUCAUGGACGCGCUUCAGUGUGGCCACAUCGACGUAGCCAGGCUGCUGCUGGAAAAGCAUCAGGCCAGCACGUCUGCCCAGGAUUCCCUGGGGGCGCAGGCCAUCCACAGGGCAGCGCUCACUGGGCAGAACGAAGCCAUCCGCUUCUUGGUCUGUGAACUCGGCACGGACGUGGACGUGAGAGCAGCAUCAGGCCACCUCACUGCACUGCACUACGCGGCGAAGGAAGGACAUGUGAGCACAGUCCAGGUGCUCUUAGCCUUGGGUGCCGACAUCAACUGUAAAGACGCAAGAAAUCGAUCAGCCCUGCACCUGGCCUGCGCAGGCCAGCACGCGGCUUGCGUCGAGCUCCUUCUGCGGUCCGGGCUGAGGGACUCUCGGGACGACACGGGUGCCCUGGCUCAGCAGCUCGCGUGCGGCACGGACACCCUUCGGUGCUUCGACCACAGCGCGGCGUCCUGAGGGCAUUUCUGAGGAGGACAGCAAAACGCAUGGUGAUUCACAUCCUGCUUGGGGAGUUCAGUGAAGUCGAGAGCACGUGCGAUACAGAGAUAGAGGACGAGAGAGAAUCCCGAGCGGGCUCCGCGCUGAUAGCUCGGGGCUUGAUCCCUCAAACCGAGACCCGAGCCAACAUCAAGAGCUGGCUGCUGAACUGACUAAGCCACCCAGGCGCCCCUGCCUGUUUACUUUCUUCUUUCAUAGGCUUUUUCUUGGCCAUGACAUUGGUUUCACUUUGGUUUUGGAGCCAGGAAGGAGAUGCUUCCAACCUGCUUACAUGGACAUUUGGGAGGAAAUAAUGAAAAUGUUUCUAUAUUCUGUGCACUGCUAGUUACGCUAUGACAUUUUAAUCUUGAGGUUAUUUUUAUUAGGUUCUGUGUUGGCUUCUUUCGGGUAAUAAAUACACCUAAAAAAAUGCA